AUGGUGCGCCUGGGGGUUCGGGUCACAACCCAACGCCUGGGACCCAAGGUGCCCUUCACGGGUGCUCUUGGUGACAUGCGCGAGAACCCACCCAGGGUUCUCGUUGCACUUUCCACUGGUGCUGGCCGGGGUUCGAAUAACAGCCGAGCGCCCGGACUUGAGCAGAGCAACGCCAAGCUGCGAGAGAUGAGUGAGACCCAGGCGACUCCUCGUCUAGAAGCGACGGGGAUGACGAGGCCUCAUCCGAUGAAGAGUCGGAUGAGUCUAGCGUACGUGAGACAACAUCUGAGCUCUUGCGGCAGUCGGUUCUCGAUGCACUUUUCACUGGCGUGUGUGAGGCGCGUGAUGUGA